CUGAUAAGCUUCGCAAUGAAGCACGACUUUUGUUGACUGUUGUAGUUUCUCACAAAUGAGGUGUUGCACAUCCUAUUUGCAUACCAUAUAAACAAUAAUGAGUUCAGAGGUGGAAUGGCGGCGAAAGUGGAAACCAACGCUUACAGCGUAUCCAUGGCAACCGAUCAAAAUUCAUGGCACGGUUUACAUGAUCAAAUAUAAGUUCACCCCAAACUCGUAUGAAUUGCUUCUUACAGACUUAAAGCAUUUUUGGUACGAAGAACUUGCGGAUAAUAAAUUGCAGAAACGUGUGAAGAAACUCAACCCAGGCAUAGAGGCUCCUCUAACAAGAAUCCUCGAUCAGGUCAAAAGUGUGUUGGAUAAGACUCAGGAGGAUCCAAACACAGCCAUUAAGAUCUCGUUCCAGACAGAGGACGGCGGUCAGGAUGUACGUGUGCUCAUGUCACUGACCUCCCAGCUUGCCGGGCUGCCCUUCUCAUGGAACUUCCACUGCCUGCCCGCUGAGCAACACAUGGGUUCAGAGCACCUGACCUUGCCUCUGAUGGCGAUGGUGAGUGAGUUGUCACGGCGACAACGGGAGCUGUUCCAGGUCAUCCAGGCCAAGGACAAGCAAAUAGACGACUACAAGGGGCAGGGAGCAAAAGUGUCACGAAAGCAUAUAGAGACCACAAAGUUUGUGGAAACUGCGUUUGAAAUGAGCAUGAUGACCUCACAGGGUUUUGAGGACCAGAUGAGAAACUUUGAGCUGGAUACUUUCAACAGUCGAGGUCAGGACCUUUACAGGCAGAUCAUGACCAAACACGCCUGGGUACACAGUCCUACCAAAGGUAUGAAAUCGGAUGACGACAGUCUGCUAGACGACAUGUCUAGUAGCGAGGACAAGAAGAGGUCUACUGGGGACUCCUGGGGGAACUCACGUCUUCCACCCUCCCUGCAGCAGUCCAGAUCUCCCAACAAGACACCAAGCCCAAACAAGACACCCAGUUCAGCCAAGACAUCUAACAACGCCACACCUGAGUCCUCCCCUGUAAAGGGACAUGACUCUGAGUUGCUUCGAAGGCAGGCCCUGGAAAGACGGCUUGAGGAAGAAGAAGCCAAGAAGAUGGAAAAGGCGCGCAAAAAAAAGAAGAUCGCAUUCUGACAUGGUGGUACGCACUGUAUUCUGGGGCUGUAGUACGCAUUCCUGGUUUGUUGAAGCGGUUGGCACUUAUGGCUUAAAUGAAUGUUGUAGGAGAAAGACAAUCGGUUGAGAUUAGAAGGAUAUUGAAAAGUGGUAUGUGCAUUGAGCAUUCCUGGGGGACCAAAGGAUAACUUUCAGUUGUCGAUUUUUUAUGCCCUCGGAUUGAAUGAUCGGGGGUGUAUUGUUUUUGGCCUGUCUGUCUGUCAUUGUGUGUGUCUGUUACUAAACUUUAACCUUGGUCAUAACUUUUGCAAUAUUGAAGAUAGCAACUUGAUAUUUGGCGUGCAUGUGCAUCUCAGAGCUGCACAUUUUGAGUGGUGAAAGGUCAAGGUCAUCCUUUAAGGUCAAAGGUCAAAUAUAUGGCUUCAAAGCGGCGCAGUAGGGGGCAUUGUGUUUUACAAACACAGCUCUUGUUGACUAUGAAGCAAUUUAUUUAGCAUUACUCCUCAUUAUUAAGUUAUCAUGUUAUACUACUUACCCAUUAAUCUGCGUCUGAAAAAUGCUUAAGUUAUGAAUCAUCAGUCCUAUGUGCCUGGACCAAGUUGCUGGAAACUUAAUCAGCAAACAAAGCAGACAGACAGACAAAUUUCAGAUGUUUGUGAAAAUUAAUAAUACAUGUAACUUUCUUACCAAACUAUAAAUUGCUAGUUCAAACCAUAUUUUAUUUUCAUUUCACAAAUAAAGGUUUAUUUUUUUUAUCUUUUAAUAACUUCAUCCAAAAGUACAUGGUUGAUCACUUUUUUCUUUAUUAGAAUGUCAAAGUUUUCAGGAAUUGGUCUGAUUUUUGAAAGAAAAUCCUUGUUGUAUUGAUGUUGAUUAUUCUGUGCAUUAACGAUGGAUGCAAUGUAACUAUUCAAUCAAGAAUUUUCGCAAUGUGAUAAACUAUGAGUUAUAGUACUGUACAUGUUUGAAACCUGAUUGAUCUAUGCAAAGCUAAUGUCAAUAUGCAGUUCUAUCGGUAUAUAUGAGCCACGUUCUGAGAAAACCGGGCUUAAUGCAUGUGCGUAAAGUGUCAUCCCAGAUUAGGCCUGUGCAGUUCGCACAGGCUAAUCAGGGACGACACUUUCCGCUUUUAUGGUAUUUUUCGUUUAAAGGAAGUCCCUUCUUACUGAAAAUCUUGUUAAGCAUUUUAUCCCAUCAUCAGACGUGCAUUGUCGAAAUAAACCACUGUGGAAUAAAUUUUCCUCUAUUUCAGCAGUGCUGAAAUAUAGCUGUCACGCGCGGCGGAGAAUGGUCAUAUUACUCAGAAUCAACUAUAAAGUAAUCAUUUUUAGUAAAAUCGAAUCAGAUUCAACAAAACAAACAAUUUGAUACCAAAAUGUAAUAUAUUUUUAACACAUAAUGCAACUCAAAAAGCAAAUAAACAUUAUUUACAAAUAUUAAGUGCGCGUACUCGUGACGUCAUUAUUAACUCGUCAUACGACACAAUGCAUGUUGUUUCACGCUAAAGAUGCAGUUGUUAAGUGUCUUUUUUUGCAUUAUUUCUUAAAAAAAGGGGACGUAGAGGUAUGAUAAACAGAAAAACAGGUUAGUUACCGAUCUUUUUGUAAUGUAUUAGGCUCGACACGAUUAAAAUAAUGAAACAAUGUUUGCUUAAAAUAACUUUGGGAUUUUCCGUCUAGUUCGAUUUUCCUAUUCUAUUUUUAAAGAAAUAAUUUACGACUAAGAAAAUUGAUGGGAUAAAUGGAAUACUAGGUCGGUGCCGAAUAAAGCAAAGUUUAUCUUGCUCGGCACGAAAAUCUGAACCACACGCAAAGGCUUGUGGUUCAGAUUUUCUAAGCCUUGCAAAAUAAACUUUGCUUUAUUCGGCACCGACCUAGUAUUCUCUUUUUAUCCCAUCAUCAGACAUGCAUUGUCGAAAUAAACCACUGUGGAAUAAAUUUUCCUCUAUUUCAGCAGUGCU